GGUGCUGCUGCUGAGCAAGAUGGAGCUGUCUGCAGUGGGGGAGCGAGUGUUUGCGGCCGAAUCCAUCAUCAAGCGGCGGAUCCGAAAGGGGCGCAUCGAGUACCUGGUGAAAUGGAAAGGCUGGGCCAUCAAGUACAGCACUUGGGAACCUGAAGAGAACAUCCUGGACUCCCGACUUAUUGCAGCCUUUGAGCAGAAGGAACGAGAGCGUGAGCUGUAUGGGCCCAAGAAGAGAGGACCCAAGCCUAAAACUUUCCUUCUGAAGGCUCGGGCCCAGGCGGAGGCCCUUCACAUUGGGGAUGUACACUUCUCUGUCAAGCCUGGCUCUAGCACCUCCUCACCCAAGCUGCACUCCAGCGCCGCAGUGCACCGGCUCAAGAAAGACAUCCGGCGAUGCCAUCGGAUGUCCCGGCGCCCCUUGCCCCGCCCAGACCCCCAGAACAGCGGGGGUGUGGGUGGGGGGGCUGGCAUACGUCCUCCAGUCUCGCCCUUCUCCGAGACCGUCCGCAUCAUCAACCGCAAGGUGAAGCCUCGUGAGCCCAAACGCAGCCGCAUCAUCCUCAACCUCAAGGUCAUUGACAAGGGUGGAAAGGCUGCAAGUGGAGGAGGGGGCCUGGCCCGGCCAAAGAUCCCCUCACGAAACCGUGUCAUUGGCAAGAGUAAGAAGUUCAGCGAGAGCAUCCUCCGCACCCAGAUCCGCCACAUGAAGUUCGGCACCUUCUCACUGUACAACAAGCCAUCUGCUGCACCGGCCACGUCUCUGGAGGGCAAGAUGGAGGCAGGGGGCUCACAGGGUGCCUCCUGCGCGCUGAUCAUGGGCUCCACCCCUUACGAUGCCCGCAGCUCCAGCUCCUCAGGCUGCCCCUCUCCUACCCCUCACUCCUCCUCCGACCCAGACGAUUCUCCCCCAAAGCUGCUUCCCGAGACCCUGAGCCCCGCCAUCCCUGACUGGCGCGAGUCGGAGGUCCUGGACCUGUCGAUCCCACCAGAAUCAGCGGCCACCAGCAAGCGCUCUCCCCCUGGGGGAUGUGCUGGGGGCCAGACACCCUCAUCGUCCCUCUCCUCUUCUGACCCGGAGCAGGAGGCUGGCGACUGGCGCCCCGAGAUGUCCCCCUGUUCCAACGUGGUGGUCACAGAUGUCACCAGCAAUCUCCUGACCGUCACCAUCAAGGAGUUCUGCAACGCAGAGGAUUUUGAGAAGGUGGCAGCGGGUGGAGGAGGCAGCAAGUGA